AUGAAAUUAUUGGUAAAAAAAAUUCUUUAUUCAAAUAUUGAGAAUCACGAUUUUAAACCUGGAAAACUUAAUGUUAACGAAAUAAAACAGUUACCGAAAGUUCUUUGGAAUAAAACCGAUUACAAGGUUUUCGCUACGGUGAUCGAUACUGAAGAUUCAAAAAAUGUCUUUUUUAAUUGUCAAAUUCUUCAUCCAUCAGAUAUUAAUGUCCAAUUAAUCGAGGAGCUUUAUGAUACAAAAAAUCCACAUAAUUUAAAAUUAGAAAUUAAACAUGCACCAAUUGUGGGAAUUCCUAUAUUAGACAAAUUGGAUAUUUCAAAUAAGUCUCACGUCAUUGGACAUUAUUUUUAUACCGAUCAAGAUAAAAUUGGUGUAAACAUAUUCACUUAUUGUCUGAAAAAUAAACAAUGA